AGAGAGAAUAGCAGUUGUCUCAGUUUUGACUUCCUCUCCCCUGUCAGUCUAUAAGCAUUUAUUAAGCACCUACCGUGUUGAGGGGAUACAAAAAAAGGCAAACAUAUGAAUCCUGUGCUUAAGGGAGCUCACAGCUUAAGGGGGAAACACCCCACAAAGAACUCUGUGAAACCGGAUCGAGGCAGGAUAAGUUGGAGCUGAGCAGCAGCAGGAAGGCUCUGGCACUGAAGCCGAUUGGGGAAGGCUUCCUGGAGGUGGUGGGACUUUACUGGGACCUGAAGGAAGCCCAGGGCAGAGAUAAAGAGGGAGAGUAUUUCAGACGUGGGACACAGCGGGAGAAAAAGCUCAGUCUGGAGACGGAGGGUCUUCUGUCAGCAGCAGGAGGUCGGUGUCGGGCGUCCGAUUCGCAGAGCGGGGAGGGCCCCCACAAGCGGUCCCCAGCACCUGGUGCCUCGAAUAUUGCAAUAGGUGCCUGUAAAUGUGGGGCAUUUUACCUGCUGCGGAGACCCCAAGCCCGAACCGUGAGAAGCCUUAAGUUUGCUUGAGGAGCUAAUCUGGUGUCUGGGGGUGCUGGCCUCCGGUCUGUGACGUCUGUAUGGGAGUGCUGGAAAGCGCGAGCCACGGCUAGCCCACGUGGAAGAGCUCAGCAGGAUUCGGGCUCACAGAACUGGGGCAGAAGGACCCCCACUUGUUCCCGAGCUCAGCCUCCGGCCGGGCCGCGACCCGGGAUCCUGAGCUCUCGGGCUCCAGUUCCUCCCGAUCCCUCCUCCCUCUCGGUCAGACGGGGGUGGGGCCACAAGAGGGAGGGACCCCGACGUCUCAAAUACCCCCGGAGUCGGCGCUGCCGGAGGGCUGUGGUACAAGCUGGGCUCGCGGAUAGCGAUGGGGGCCAGAGCCGCGUGGUGGGCUUUCCUCUCCCUCUGCCCGCUGGUUCGAGGGCAGGACUACGGGCCGGGGCUGGCUCCCUCCCUCCCCGCCCGCUGCGAGCCAGGACGGUUCCUGCACCGGGAGGCGGACGUCUUACGCUGCUGUAGCCUGUGUAAUUCGAGUACCAAGCCUUGCCCAUCUAAUCAGCUAAAAGACUGCACCUGUGCCAGACCCGGAGAGUUCUGUGAAGACUCAGACUGCAGCAAGUGCAAGAGGCACAUAUGCUCGCCCGGCCAACAGGUCCUCAUACAUGGAUCCUUUGUUUUCGGCUUCUCUUGCAAGGACUGUGAAGAUGGAACUUACUCAAACGGCAUGGAUGACAAAUGUCUGCCCUGGACUGACUGUGCCAGGGAGGGAUUUCUCACCGUCCGGCCAGGGAACAGAACCCAUAACGUGCUGUGUGGGAUGGCCCUGCUUCCAGAAUCAGGUCUCUUUGACUCCUCCAGCAUCCUCGUGGCCAUCCUCAUAGGCCUAACCACGGUUACCUUCAUGCUUGUUAUUGUCCAGCUGGUCCUCCACUUCUGGUGGGCCAAAAAGGAGCCUUCCACCAAAGACAGAGAGCCCAUCUUACCCUUGGGGCCUGGGCCCCCUGACGAUAUCGGCAACUGCCCUUUCCCAGAAGAGGAGUGGGGGGAGAAGACAGCGGAGGAGAAGGCUGCGGCGGGUCACCCGUGGGCGUAAAGGAGCUCCCCUGACUCUCCAGCCCACCGCAAUCUGGAACUUUGAAGGGGAUACCCCAGAGAAACAAAGAGAGAAGCCAGCUUCCUGUCUGUCGGUCCCCUUUUCUCUCCCACCUGAAGCUGCUGAGGACAGGGUCAGAAUACCCCAACUAAGAUCCCUUCCAAUGUGAGACGGUUGAAAAUCUUUGGACCCACCAAGUGCAAAUGGAGCCAUUUUUCCAGAUCUAAGCCCUUCACAAAGGCGGCAUCGGGUUCGGGGGUCCUAUGGAGAGACCCCAACUCAGACCUUGGCACUGAAGGAGAGAAGGCACAGAAGGAGGAAGGGGAGAGCUGGCUCUUGGGCAACUUCAACUGUGAAUGGAGCAACUCACCAGACUGGGGCAGGACCCCAGGGGGAUGGACUCCAGGGGGCUGGACCCCCACAGGUUUAAUUCUUGUCCUACCUCUGGACCUUUGCCUUUGCUAUUUCUCCCUUCCUAGAAUGUUCUUCUAUUUUUCAGAACCCCCCUUUUUUUGUUGUUGUUGGCUUUUUUAAAGCCAAUUAGGUAUGUCCAAAUCUUUGGGACCCUAUGGAGAUGAGGGUUUCUUGGCAAAAAUACUUUGUCAUUUCCUUCUCUAGUUCUUUUUAUGUUGUUUUUUUAAACCUAUAAACGAGGUAAAGUGAUUUGUCCAGGGUCACAUAGUUAAUAAGUGAGGUUAGAUUUGAACUCAAAUCCUCCUGACUCCACCUAACUUCCUUCAAAACACAGAGAACUGGACCAUGGGAAGAUGGGGAGCAAGGAGGAGAUUGCCUGGGCUUUAGGGAGACUGAAUAAUCUCUAGCUCAGUUCUCCAUCAUUUUGUUAAUCUAAUAGCUGAGGAGCAAUUGAACUUGGGAUAUUUGUAGACCUGUGGCUAGGUGCUAAGUGGGAUAGCCUGAAGAUAUGAAUUCAAAUCCUGUCUCUGAUACUAGUUGCGUGACCCUGAGCAAGUAAUUUUAUCGUCCUCAGACUUAGUUUUCCCAUCUGUAAAAUGCAGUCAAUAAUAGCACUUAUCUCUCAUGAUUAUUGUGAGGAUUAGAUGAGAUGUUAUAUGUACAAAAAAUAGCUGUUGUUGUGCUUAAAUAAUUAUUAUCAGUGGAUGUCCCGUGAUGGAGUUGUUCCAGAUGGUCACUUUCUCCUUUGUCAGUGUCAGGAGCACAAGCUUCCCUUCCAAUAAGGCUAUCCCUUCCCCAGGGUUUCAUUGCGAGUUCUGGGGCACUAACGGGCUGCUCCUUUCCUCCCUUCUGCAUCAUGGGCAGACCACUUUGGCAAGAGAGAAGAGCCCUCCCAAUCCCAGGGAUGCUGGUCCUAGCCACCCUCCUGUUCCUUUGAGUUCCUAUGUCUUUACUUAAAAUAAUACUCAUUCAUUCAUAGAGCAUUUGACAGUUUUUGCUUUCUCAUAUUGUCCUUUUAACCCUGUAAAGAUGGUACUGGUGGGAUGGCUUUCUGCCCUGACCCCCCUUUCCUCCACUGGGCUAGAUUUCCUCAAAGGAGGAAGCUCCCAGGUGAGGAAACUCCCUCCACCAAGGUAGGUUGUUAUCUCUGCAACGUAUAGUUAAGUUACACAGCUCGGUUUCAAUGCUGGAUUAGUGUUCCCAGUUCUAUGCUGGGCAUGUGGGCAAGCUUAUCGCUUUUAUAGGUAAAGAGCCUGAGAUUCAGCAAAGAAAAUAAGUGUCAGAAGUAGCAUUUGAAUACAGAUCUUGCCUGGCUUGAAACCCUGUGUUCUUCCUGUUACUGCGAUCUUUAAAGAGACUUGUUACAAUCUCUUUCAUGUUUCUUUGUCCGUCUACAAUCUUUCCUUCCUCAGACCCUCGUUGCUCAGGUGACAUGACUUCCAUGGAACUUUCCUUUGGUCAAAAGUCAGCCAGGCUAGCCUGGAGUCACUGAGCCUCCAGGAAGGGAACAGUUAAUUAUUGUUUCUGGCUCUCUAACAUUUCUCUCAGGAGUUUCCCUUCCUCCACUCAUGUGGACAUGACUGUGGUUCAGACUCUCAAACCAAUGUGUCCAAACCGACUCUUCUUUCUUGUGUCAAGUUUCAAGGAAGGUAAUUUGGGAGCCUGGAAAGAAUACUUGCUCUGGAGGCAAAGACUUAGGUUUAAAUCCCAACUUUUCCAUUUAUAAAAUGUGUGACCUGGUAAGUAAUGGGCUAGAUGAUGCAUGGGAAAGAGUGUUGGGUUUGAGUCCAAGUGCCCAUCUCUUCUGACCCGUGUAACUGAACAGUUUUCCCAUCUGUAAAAUAAAGAGAUUGGAUUAGAUGGCUUCUUUCCAGCUCUAAAUCUGUAAUCUGUGUCACUUCUUCAAUCUAGUCUCCUCACAGAUGCCAAAGUGAUUUUCAUAAAGUCCUGCUCUGGGCACUCACUCUCCUGGUCAGUAAAUUCCAGUGGUUUCCCAUUGUCACUAGGAUCAUGGAGCAAUAGCUCUUUUUAAAGGCCACAUGACGUGGUCCUAACCUACCUUCUCAUACAUCCCCUUUGCUCUCACACUAUAUGGUCAGAUUAUGUUAGUCCUUCUGCUCAGGUUCCCAUAUGAUAUCUCAUUUUUAGUAGUUUGCACUGAUUCUCCCCCUUGCCUGGAAUUCACUCCUUCUUCUCUUCUUCUUUGUUCUUUCUGUUGUUGUUUUUAUUUUUUGUCCUUUCUCGAAGAGAACCAUGACAUAGGAAAUGAUGCCAUGACAUACAGAUGAAUUAGAUUUAAGUGAAGGAGGGCUUUGCAUGGUCGCCUGCCUCAAUUUCCCCUCCAGAACCAUCUGGGUCCAGCAGCCAAAUAUAGAUCAGGAUGACUGGAGAAUGGUCCAGAAUGCAGUGGACGUUUUUAAGCUAAGGUCUUCAACAGGUCUCAAUUUGACUGAGGUUACACCCAUUCAGUGAUUAAGGCUGGAUAGCAACAGGGCACAAGCCUUUUGACAUGGAAUGGGAAAAUAAAGAGGAUUGUGAUUCCAACCAAUUGUAACUCGGAAUUGUGAAUCCAACCAAUUGUAACUCUCAGAUUGUGACUCUGACCAAUUGUAACUUGGAUUGUGAAUCCAACCAGUUGUAACUCUCAGAUUGUGAAUCUGACCAAUUGUAACUCAGAUUGAGAAUCCGACCAAUUGUAACUCUUGGAUUGUGAAUCUGACCCAUCGUUACUUGGAUUGUGAAUCCAACCUGGACUAAUCCAAGUCUCUUCUUUGAAAACUCCUCUUAAGGACCACUUUGUACAAUUCUUCCAAAAGGCUUUGGAUUUAUUUUUUUAUACUUCUAAGUGUUUUUGUUGUCUCCCGGGUAGAAUAAAAUUCCUUAAGGACAA